UAGAAUGAUUACUUGCCAGAGGACAGGCAGAUUAUACUGCUGCACACAACUGUUGUUUUAAUCCCCCGGGCGAGGAGAUUUAGCAAAGAAAAAACACAGGUUUUAAACCCAGCAGCCAUAUUGUAUGGAAAAACGACGGAAAGACUCUUUUCAGAAAAACUCGUUUUCUCAGAUACCUGUCGGCACUUUUGAGAACUUACAUUCAUUUUCUUACUGGCGGUGGGUUUGUGGUGGACAGCUAGCUUGCCAGCUGGCUGAGGAAUUCAGAGUUUGGGACUAGUUUUGAGCUAUUUUUCACAAUAUUGUUGUUGUCGCUUUGGUGUAAAAGUGUUAAAUUAACCGUCUGAAAUAUGAAGGACCGAUUGGAGCAACUUAAAGCGACGUGUGAUCAAGAUGAUGACGACGUGGAGAUUGCUGUGGACAACGCAGCCUUUAUGGAUGAGUUCUUCUGUCAGAUUGAGGACAUCAGGAACAGUAUCGAUAAAAUUGAUAACAACGUGGCUGAGGUCAAAAAGCUUUACUCGGUCAUCUUGUCUGCCCCCACAUCAGAUCAAAAAACACAGGAUGACUUGGAGGCAAUCACCAAUGACAUAAAGAAGAUGGCAAACAAUGCAAGAAACAAACUCAAGACCAUCGAGAGAAAUCUGGAGUCAGAAGAGCAGGAGAGGGUGUCGGCUGACAUGCGGAUACGUAAAUCACAGCAUGCAGUGCUGUCCAGGAAGUUUGUGGAGGUAAUGACAAAGUAUAAUGAAGCCCAGGUGGACUUCAGGGAGAGGAGUAAAGGACGUAUUCAGAGACAGCUAGAGAUCACUGGAAAAGCAACAACAGACGAUGAACUGGAGGAGAUGCUGGAAAGCGGCAAUGCUGCUGUGUUUACUGCAGGGAUUGUGGACUCUGGGAUCUCUAAACAAGCCCUGAGUGAGAUUGAAGCCAGGCACAAAGACAUCGUCCGUCUGGAAAGUAGCAUCAAGGAGCUGCACGAUAUGUUUGUAGACAUCGCCAUGCUGGUGGAGAGCCAGGGUGACAUAGUAAACAACAUAGAGCAGAAUGUAUCCAAGUCAGUGGACCACAUAACAGUGGCUAAGGAACAGACCAAAAAAGCUGUAAGGUACCAGACCAAAGCACGAAAGAAAAUGGUGAUAAUAGUGGUGGUUGUGCUGGUCUUGCUGGCCGUACUAGCUCUCAUAAUCGGGUUGUCAGUGGGACUGAAGCGAUAAUAAGAGAAGAGCUAAGGAAGAUGAUCAUAAUUGGUGCGGUCUGUGCUGUGGUUGUUGUCAUCCUCCUCAUCAUCAUCCUCACCCAGACACUAUAGCAGGACCGCCGUGUGGUCAGUUUAUUCAUCAUCCACUCCAUCCUAUCCUCCAUCUGCUGCUCUGCCAAAGAAAAAACUGAUAGCGAUCACUCCAUAUGGAUAUAAUAUUUAACCUGCAGAUGUACACCUCAUCAUUUUAAAAAAAAAAUAACUCAAAGACAAGUGCUACAUGUGACCUCUGGGGAAAAAGAAGACCUACAAGACAUGGGAUAAUUCUAAAAACGCUUUGACCUUUUAUCCAAUGAGAACGGUCCGUCCUGUCCGGUGAGUGUCUGUUUGACUCUCUCCAGUGGUUUUGACAGUUUGAGGAUGCUCUGCUGCAAAUGAGGAAAUGAGACUGAAGCUGACACGACGUAUAAUACCUGUUGUAUCGCUGCGAAAGGGGAAAGGGAAUUGAAAAAUAACCGAUCAAAGCAUCACUCCAGUUCACUAAACAUUUCAUUGUUCAACAUCCGAUGCCAAAGAAUCAGCCUGGAAGUGUUUGUCAUCUGAUAUGUAUUUUCCAGGAAGUCCUUGUGAAGCUUUAUAGAAGCACAUCACCCCCCACGUAUCUUUAGUUUUUGCCUUUGAGCCAUGACACAUUUUGUGAUUGAAAAGCUAGCUACUGUAUGCUCACUGUAGUGGGGUUCUGUUGGUUUUGGGGAGUUCCAGUACUUUCACAUUUCACAGUACGUCUCUGUAAUUAAGCUCAGAUGAUCAUGUAAUAGAUAUUUUAAUUUUACUAUUUACUAUUUUGUGUGUUUUCUAUCUAGCCCUGAAUAUGGCUCAGUUCUUAAACCUGAAGAGGAUCAGUGUGCUCACCUAUGAUUCUUCAGUUUAGAGAGCCCAGUGGUUCGGAUUGAUUUUAAAUGUGAAGGAUGGUGCUCAUGGAAACGCAUUUCAUGGACCUUAGAUAAGCAAAGAAGACAGGCUAUGGGGAUAAACAUGCGUUCCAUGCUUAAUGAUUUAUGUAAACACUGCAACUGGGAGAAAUGCAUGAGAAUGUUUGUUUUGUACCUUUACUAACCUGUUAAAAUGUUUACCAUCUUGACUUUUUACAUCUAUAGACAUGAUUGUCUCCCUUGUUAAAAUGCUGUAAAAGCAUAACAUUUUAAUGCCAAAGGGUUUGAAAAGACACUGGUAGUAGCAUUUUUAUUUAUUUACUUUUUGGUGACGUGUAGAAGUCACACAUAUAGGAUGUAGGAGGUGAAAAUGGACUCUAACACACAGUAAGGUUUUCCCGACUGGCUGCUCUCCUGGCAUAUUUUGGGUCACAAUAUUUCUAUUGUAAACAUUCAACUUGGUUGCCAAUUUAUUAGGUACAGCUAUCUGCAGCCCUGUAAUACGUCCUCUGUUCAUGAAGGUUAGCUUUUGCGUAAACAGCUUAAGAGAUAUGCUGGGUAAACUUAAUGGGGACAGUAGUUUGUGGUGCUUUUGAAUUGUAUCAUAACUGUAUUGCAUUAUACUUAAGAGGUGUGUCUAAUAUUUAGUCUGGCCUCGUUGAUGUAAACUGGGUGAAGAAAAUAUUAGAAACACCUGUCAGUACAAGAGUUUAGAGUUCAGCAGCACUGUUAAGUACAACCUCCAAAAAGCUCUUGAAGUCAAAAACACGCAUCUGAAACAGUUCCAACUAAAACUGAACACAAUAACCUUCAUGUUUUUUAUAGUCUUCGUACUAAAACCAAUUGAAGUUAGGAAUUACUGUAGGGCUGUUGUGUUAGUCUAAAUUCAUUUUAACUAGCUGUACCUAAUAUAUGGGCAACUUAAGUUUACUUCUGAUAGGUCACCAUCAUUUCAUUUGGCCUUUUCUUCUUGGUAGAGUGAAAGCGUUAAACGGGCAAGUGUAUUGAACCUCGGUGCACAAGUUGUCACCCAGUGGCUUUAAUGUGACAAUUAAAGCAGGUGAUUCCAGCUGUGAAUACAAGGAUAAUCAAUAAUAAACAGCGAUUGACCACAUCUAGGUGUUUUCUAGUGUCAAGAAAUAAUUGUCAUUUGCAUUAUUAUAUGGGCCACCAUUACUGAAGGAAGUCUUUUUCUGUUCGACCAGUCUUAAUGGUGCCUUUGAUUCUGGUUGUGUGGGGAGCACUUGAAAGUGAGAGGCCCAAACAGGCGGUCUGCCCUUUUGGCUUCUGUCCACCAAAUGUUCAAUCCCAAUGCUUCCAUUCAAUCCUUUUUCUUUAUGCCACUAACGGAUGCAUCAACACGGACUGCAAUAACUGAAGCUGUUGUACCCGGUCUUAAAUUAAGGUUCCAGUGAUUUUAAUGGAAAUUAAAGAUUUUAUGUUUUUUAAUGACUGGUUGAGUGUUUCCUUGCGAUCUCAUGCAUGUCUGCCCUGCCGCCCUUAUGAGAGUGACAGGGUGGAAAUAUGUAACUGAUUUUUUUCCUCACACCUUUUGUUGACUGCAUGUUAUGGGAGAGCUGUGUGGAUGUUUUUUUAUGCGUUGGUAGUAACUGUUGUCAGCAGAUUGUUGGAACAGCAUGUUAACCACUGACUGUUGCAAAGUACAGUUUUUCAAGAUUGGUGCACAAAUGUCAAAGAGGAGGUAAGAUUGUUCUUUUUUAUCUCUUUACACACACACAAACAAACACACUCUAACCUCUGUCACCCUUUUUUCUCCUUUUAACUCAGUCACUCCUUACAUAAAUGUCAUCACAUUGUGCUUGGCUGCGUUUGUGUGUAGACUCAUGAAUUAAAGCCUGAUUCCAGUGACCGAUGUUGUCUGACAACUUUGUAUUUCUGAUUAAAUCUGCAGAAAAAGAUGAUGAUCACA